AUGGGCGCAUCAGAAUCGACCUUUUCCACCGCUCAGAGGCCGAACGAUGAGAUUACCACAGUGUCCGAGAGGACUGAAGUCGUCGAUCCUAUCCUCCAGCGGCUCAAAUCCCUCAAAAUCGCGACUCCGAUACUAACAUCAGAGCCUGCCGAGAGUAGCUUAUCGGACAUUUUAGUGAGGAAAUCAUCAUCGUCUUCAAAUUCAAGUACAAUCAACCCAAAUGUUUUGCUUGAGCUCUUCUCUAUGUACCGAGAUUGGCAAGAGAGAAAGGCAAGGGAUAUUAGUGUAAGACAGGAAGAUAUAGAAAAUAAGAUAGAAGUUGCUGAUGCGUUGGCUGUUAAGCUGCUUCAACGUUACAAUGUCUCUGUCUCUGCCAUGAAGACAACUUCACAAAAUCUAUCAGAAGUUGAUGCAUUACAGGUUGAACUUGGAGAGUUGAAAGGAAGGCUGACUGAAGUCAUUAGUAACUGCGAUGCAUUAUGCAAAAGAAUUACAACAGAGGGACCAGAAUCCCUUCGGUCAUCUAUCAAGCCUUUCUCAUCAUCUCCUCCAGAUUUAAGUACCUCCAGUACAUUGCCUUCUGCCCCAGAUGAAAGUCAGCUUUCCGCAUCCUCCACAACAGAUAUAGCUACCCCUCAUACCUUACCUUCUUCAGAAACCAAUACAAAUGAAGAAAAUUCAUAG